GGAAGAUACACAGGAUUUUCCCUCUCGCUGUAACUAAAGGUCGAACAGAUUAUAUUUAGAUAUAACCGUGUAGAUGUCCCCAACCAUGAAAGGUUACUGAAUUACAAUUGGCCCGCUCCUCAUGUAUAUUAAUGAGUAAGUACCGGAGAACGAUAGUGAAAGAUGGCUACAUUUGAAGAUUAUUGUGGAAUAAAAAAGGAGGACUUGGAGGAUAUUAAAGAUUCCAUAUCUACUCAGGAUCUCCCAUCAGCGAUAAACACCAUCAAGGAAUACCUCAAACAGCAGGAUCUUGUAGAACUAAACAUCGGUGUGACGGGAGAGUCUGGCUCAGGAAAGUCUACAUUUGUCAAUGCGUUCAGGGGUUUAGGAGAUGAAGAAGAGGGCUCUGCUGAAACCGGUGUAGUGGAGACCACUACAGAACCAAAGGUUUACCUUCACCCAAAAUACAAAAAUGUAAAAGUGUGGGAUCUUCCCGGCAUUGGAACACCAAACUUUAAAGCCGAUGAGUACCUUGAACAGGUUGACUUUAAGCGUUAUGAUUUUUUCAUAAUAAUUGCGUCAGAUCGGUUCAGAGAAUGCCACACUCAGCUGGCCGCAGAGAUUAUGAGGAUGGGGAAAAAGUUUUAUUUUGUUCGUUCCAAGAUUGACUUUUGCAUUACUGCUGAGAAGAGAAAGAAGAGCUUUGACCUGAAAAAGACUCUGAAUGCCAUCCGAGAGGACUGUGAAAAGGGUCUGAGAAAGAUCGGUAUAGAGGAUCCUGUCGUGUUCCUGAUUUCUGGCUGGGAGCUUGGAAAGUAUGAUUUAAAUAUUCUACAGGAGAGGAUGGAGAAGGAGCUUCCACAGCAUAAGAGACGGGUGCUGAUGUUGGCUUUGCCAAAUAUUACGCUGGAGAUUAAUGAGAAAAAGAAGAAAGCUCUAGAGGAAAACAUCAGUAAAGUUGCCUUGCUGUCUGCUUGUGUGGCAGCUAUUCCUCUCCCCGGUCUUUCGAUCGCUGCAGAUAUAGCCAUCUUAGCAGAAGAGCUGAGAAGGUACUACCGUGCAUUUGGUCUGGAUGAUCCUUCACUGCAGAAGCUCUGUGAAAGAUCUGGGAAGACAGUAGAGGAACUGAAGAGUCUGAUGAAGUCUCCUUUUCAUCAAGGGAUAAAUCCAAGUUCAAUAUUAACCUUGCUGGGUGCUGCAUCCCUUCUUAUAUCAGAAGAUGGCAUUGAAUUACUUGUGAGCUUCAUACCCAUUGUUGGCACUUUGGUGGCAGGAGGACUGUCUUAUCUGACUGUCUCGAGAAUGCUAAAGAAAGCUCUGAAUGACAUAGCUGAGGAUGCUAGGAAUGUCCUGAUUGCUUUGUUGGAAACUGAAGUGUAACUGUAAAGAAAAUUAUAAUAUUCAACCUCAUUACAACUAUCUGUUCUUGGGGUCUUUGAAGAAAAAUAUAUAAAUUGUUUAUCACAUUUAAUGGGAAAGUGUCAUUUAUAAUUUAUGGGUUACACUUUUUUUAAGGUGUUCUUGUGACAAUUUAAUUAUACAUUUAAAUACCGAUUAAUAUUAAUUAACUAACUUGAUUAACUUUACAAUAUAGUUAGGUUUGAAUUAAGGUUACUUGCAUGUAAUUUGUUGUUAUUAUAAUAAUAAGUGCAUGUAAUGUGUAACAAAGACACUCUAAAAUAAAGUGUUAUAAACAUUUUA